AUGCCUCAACUUCUUAGCCGAGUCUUGAAGCCCUCUGUCUACAAAAAUGUCCUCAAACACAACAAGAAGAUGGUUCGGUGGUGUUCGUCUACUCCAAUAUACCCAUAUAUGUUAAUUGACCACGUCCUCAAGGUUGGAGAGAAUGAUCAAGUAACAAGAAGGUCUGGAUCAGAUGGUGAAAUUGAAAUCAUAUUUAAGAACACGUGUCUCGCUACAGAAGUCCAUAGCGCGAUGUCUACCGGAUUUAAUCAAAAUGGAGUGAAUAUUCACAUGAAGGACAGAAAAUUCCUCCGUGAUAUUGAUAAAAUUCGUCUAAACAUAUAUUACAAGCCCUCUGAUCCUAAAUCAAAAUCAGUGUCUGUUCAUCUACCUCCUCUUCCUCAAGGCUCUCAAAUCACAAACCUAGCAAUGUCCUCUCUUCCUGACCUAGAAAAUGAAGAAUGGGAUCUCAGCUUAAGCUCUAUAGACAUAAGGACUUACGUUGGAUUGAUAUCGAAACCACGCAUGCUCAUGAGACUAUUAGCCCAUACUCAAGAGAAGGACAAGCCCAAGUACGAUCUCAUGUGGAAGAAAGAUAUUCCGCAGUAUAUGUCGUAUGAGCUAGAGGAAAUGAAUUCGUUUACCAGGAUAGACCAUCUUGUGGAGUCACCUUCCGGCGAACAAUUCCUCAUUUCAUGGUAUUACGGAGACGAGAUGGUGUUAUACAAAGGAGAAACAACAUUAAUGCACAAAACAAAGCGAUUUAUGGUGUUUAAAGAGCAAGAAAUGAAUAAGGAAAAGAAGUAUGAUAAAGAUAUGAUUUACACAGAAAACAUUGGAGAUUUUUGUAUUUUUCUUGGACAUGGUGAAGCUUUGUGUGUCCCAUCAACCUCGUCUCCGGGUCUUAAAGCUAACUGCAUCUAUUUUGUGGGACAUAACUAUGGAGUUUUUGAUAUCACAACCCAAAAUUGCACUCUCUUCUCCAUGGAAGGAGGUCCAUUUAGAUCCUUUGAGUUUCCUUACUGGCCUCAUCCAUUUUCUCUCACUCCUCAUAGUCAUUAG